AUAUAGUGAAUGCGGGGUCCGGGAGAGAGGAUAUAGUGAAUGCGGGGUGUCCGGUGAGAGCGGAUAUAGUGAAUGCGGGUCCCGGGGAGAGCGGAUGUAGUGAAAUGCGGGGUCCGGGUGAGAGUAGGAUGUAGUGGAUGCGGGGUCCGGGGAGAGCAGAUAUAGUGAAUGCUGGGGUUCCGGGGGGAGCGGAUAUAGUGAAUGCGGGGUCCGGGGGAGCGGAUAUAGUGAAUGCGGGGUCCGGGGAGAGCGGAUAUAGUGAAUGCGGGGUCCGGUGAGAGCGGAUAUAGUGAAUGUAGCGGGUCCGGGGAGAGCGGAUAUAGUGAAUGCGGGGUCCGGGAGAGCGGAUAU